AUGGAUAUGAUACUUUAUUGUAAAAUACGUUCGCGAGGACCGCUACAUGCAAAUGCGCAGACAACCAGUGACACAAACUUAAAACUUUUUGCUUCAUUACCAGUCAAAAGGAUCAUGGUGGGACAAAUUACUCAAUAUGUCCGAUCUCCAUUAGCUGAAUAUGUUGAAUCCGACCUGUAUUUUACUUCUUAUUUCCCGUCCAUAUCACCAAAUGCCAUAUCAAUGUUUCAUUGUUUUCUAUCAAUAAUCUCAAUAAAAUUCUUUUCAAGUGAUUCCUUACUGCAGCGACGCAUCGGUGUUUUAAUUUUUGAGUUUCGUAAUUUUCUUGACUGUCUCGAUGGUGUUGUUUUCCGCGCACGUAUAAAAAAUCUACGUUAUAAAUCCUAUCGUGGCAAUUUGGGUUAUUAUAUGGAUGGUAUAACUGAUGUAUUAAGUGGGAUAUGUCUGAUUGUUGGAUGUUUACUUCAUUUUUUUAAACAACGACCAUUACGUUCAAUAACCCAUAAAAUCAAUCAAACAUUAUCAACCCGAAUGAGCCGAUCCAGUGAUAAUGAAAGUGAAGAAGCAGAUUUAAUUAUCUUAAAUUUGGAUGAUGAACAAAAACAACAAUCAACCAAUGGCAUCAAUAGUAAUACAUGCGAGACAAAAGCAAGAAUAAUUAUUGCUUUAAGCAUUUUGUCUGUACGAUAUGCAUUAGCAGGAAUGUUUUGGAAUAGAGAGGUGCAAGCAUACGAAGAUUUACUAGAUUCAUAUAUAAAUCAAUCGCGAAGACAAGAUUUACAAAUGACCAUUCUUCAUUCACCAUUCACAAUAUUAAUGUUUUAUUUAUGGAGAUAUUUAAGUGCGAUAAGUGUUCAAGAUUAUCUUAUCUUUGCUAUUCUAUUUGAUCGAACAUGGGAAUUUAUACAAAAAACAAAUAAAAUCGGUUGUCUAUGUUUAUCAAUAACCAUAUUCGCAACUGAAUUACAUAUCGAUCAAAUUCGAUCUAUACUGAAUCUCUUUUGA